AAUGGAAAAUUCGUAUGUUGGUAGCGGUCAGAGAAGGCUAUAGCCGUGGUUAGUCGCGGUCCGUAUGCAAACGGCGACGGUUCGUAACUUGAACAUCGAAAUUUAUUCGCGUUAGUGCAUUGUGGUAGUGAAUUUAAAAAAAAAGAUUCUCACUAACAAGGGCCAGAAUAGCGAGCAGCCAUGGUAAAAGCAUACAACGGCGCAUUGGUCCUUGCGGACAUUUUGCUACUUAUUUUGAAGAUUCUAUAUUACAUUUGCGAAAGCGUGUAUAAAUUUUUCGUUCCAGCGGAAGAAAAAAGCGUGGCUGGUGAAAUCGUUCUGAUAACAGGCACUGGUCAUGGUAUUGGAAAAGAGUUAGCUCUUCGUUAUGCAUCAUUAGGCGCAACAGUGGUUUGCUGGGAUGUGAAUCAAGAAUCAAACGAAGAGACAGUGAAUGAGAUAAAAAAAACUGGAACAGCUGCAGCAUAUGCAUAUCAAUGCGACGUGUCAAACAGAGAGCAUGUCUUCAGCGUAGCCGAAAGAGUCAAGCAGGAAGUUGGCAACGUCACUAUUUUAGUUAACAAUGCUGGUAUAAUGCCUUGCCAUGCAUUUCUCGAUCACACCACUGACGAAAUUAAACGAAUCUUCGACAUUAACGUGCUGGCUCAUUUCUGGAUGCUACAAGCAUUUCUACCGAGCAUGAUCGAAAAAAAUCACGGCCACGUAGUUGCGCUCUCGUCACUGGCUGGAAUUGGUGGUAUUCCAAAUUUAGUUCCCUACUGCGCUUCAAAAUUUGCAGUUAGAGGACUUAUGGAAUCAAUCAGCGAGGAACUACGGAUAUCCAGCAAAGGAAAAUCUUUAAUCAAAUUUACUACUAUUUAUCCGUAUAUGGUUGACACUGGACUUUGCAAAAAACCAAAAGUAAAGUUCCCGUCUGCCAUGCCGUUGGUUUCACCGGGGCAAGCAGCCUCACGAAUAAUUCACGCGCAGAGGUGCAACUAUCGCGAAAAAACUGUGCCUCCAUUCUGGUUGUUAUGCAACGUAUUAUUAAGACUUUUUCCCGACGAUGCGAUACGCUGCUUAGUGGACUUUUGCGAUAGCGGUGUCGAGGCGGACAGUUAACAAUUGCAAAGAAACAUCUCUGAUUGAUUAAAAACAAAUGUGUGAAUAAAAUUUUUUUAUAUAAUUAUCCAAUAUACUAUUGUAUUAUUUAUAAGAUGUUGUACAAAAUCAGGGUUGUCGACUUAUUUUAAAAUAAGAUAUCUUUCUCUUUUCAAAAUUUCAGAAACUGUCUCUACUGUACUCGAUUAUUCUAUAUAUAAGAAAUAAUUAUCUAUUAAUUAAUUUAAUUAAUCGUUGUCAAGAAUUAAUACAUGUAAACGCGCAAAUCCAGAUAUUUUAUAUUGAUAGUAAUAAUUUAUAUUGAUAGUAAUAAUAAGUAUAAUAUAAUAAAUAAAUUUUUCGUAUAAUGUUAAAAGAAGUCGUUAUGAACGUCGUAUUGCUUUCUAAUGGCGUCAGCACAAUAUGUCAUAAAUCGGUUGCUCGGACAAUAAAGUUUUGUUCUGCUUAAUUAAUAACAAAA